GAAUUACAGAUGGCGCUAAUAACGCGGAAGCGGUUGAUUGCCAUGGUGAUAAGCGGUUUGUUUGGUUCUUUUUAUUCGGUUGGAAUAAAACAAAACUGCGACCCCGAAAUGAGAGCAGAGAUACUGUAUAAAUAUAGAGGAUAUCAUUGACAAGGGAGUGACUAAGCGUCAAUAGUAUGUAAUUGAAUCGUAGCCACGUGGUAUUGUAGUAAUAAAAGGGAGAGAAUAGGAUAAAAAUAAAAAAAAACUGUGAAGCGAUUAUAAUAACAGUAAUAACAAUGGAUAUUGACGGGAGCGAAAAUGAAGGGAGUCUGUUGCGCAAUCGAUAUGAAUCAAAUGAGAAUCAAGAGCAGGUGCACGGUAAUCCUGAUGACGUCGAGAAUGGAAAUAAGAUCGAGGCGACAGACGAAGAGGAUUUAAAUGUGACUAAUGACCAAAUAAACGACGAAAAAUUAUACGAGUUAGGAUUCAUCCGGUUGUCGUCGCCAACUUUACAAGCUGAUGCUGAGGACGCCAAUUUCGCAUUUGCCGAGUUACCCAAAAGUUAUUGGACUGUUUCGGAAAAGGAAAAGUUGCUGUUGAGUCAUGCUGAAAAUUUUAGGAAAAUGUUUCAGGAUAAUAAUCCAGAUCGCAAACCGCUCGUGCUGGCUCGCUGUAAUGAGUGUGGUGUGCAGAAAUUCGUAUCGACGAGUGUAAGACCGAGUGUACUGGCUUAUCCGGAGCUUCACACAUGGUUUGGCUGCGCCAGAUUUGUCUGCGAUCAUCUUGUGUUCGAGACUCUAAAGCGACCGCUGGCAUUGGUAAGUGACUUGUCUGCAUGUUUCGUUGUACUUGUAUUGUAUAAUGUACCACGUAUUUUAAUGCACGCAUUAAAUCAGGUAUGUAAUAAUGUCUGAAUGUGUAAUUAAGUGUCUAAUGUGUAUUUUAACGGUUGAAUCUCAUGUUUUUCUUACUACUACAUUAAAUUUAUUUACAGUCAAUUUUUUUGUUUAAUCCAACGAGAAAUCGAGAUCAGUAUUCGCGACAGCUAUUUAAAUACUAUUGAUAUGAUACUUUGGACCAAUUUUAUUUUAUAUAUUUUUUUUUUUAUUUUUUUGAACCAAUU